GGCACAGCCUCUCCUCUCUGCCCACGCUGCACAGCUGCCCUUUGCUCCUUCCCUUGCUCCAGCCAUGGCCACCACCUUCGUGAGCUCUUCCUCCACCUACGGGGGCGGCUUUGGGGGCGCCGGGGGCAGCUCCCGCCUGUCCUCGGUGCGCGCCGGGGGCACCUUCCGCGCCCCGAGCAUCCACGGCGGCUCCGGCGGCCGCGGCGUCUCCGUCUCCUCGGCCAGGUACGUCUCCUCUGCAGGAGGCGGCUACGGCGGGGGCCUGAGCGCCGGCUUUGGGGGGGGCUACGGAGGAGGCUUUGGCGGGGGGGCAGCCUGUGGCUUUGGUGGAGGGGCUGGCUUUGGAGGGGGCUCUGGCUUUGGAGGGGGCUCUUGCUUUGGAGGGGGCUCUUGCUUUGGGGGCGGCUUUGACCUCGGCGGUGGCUUUGGGGGCGGCGAUGGGCUCCUCUCCGGCAACGAGAAGAUAACCAUGCAGAACCUGAACGACCGGCUGGCCUCGUACCUGAACAAGGUGCGGGCCCUGGAAGAGGCCAACUCAGAUUUGGAAGUGAAAAUCCGAGAGUGGUACCAGAAACAAGCCCCCACCAGCCCCGCCCGGGACUACAGCAAUUAUUACAAGAUAAUUGAAGAUCUCCGAGACAAGAUCCUUGCUGCUACCAUCGACAAUUCCCGGGUCAUUCUGGAGAUCGACAAUGCCAGGCUGGCUGCCGACGACUUCAGACUGAAGUAUGAGAACGAGCUGUUCCUGCGCCAGAGCGUGGAGUCCGACAUCAACGGCCUGCGCCGCGUCCUGGACGAGCUGACCCUGUCCAGAGCCGACCUGGAGAUGCAGAUCGAGAGCCUGAAGGAGGAACUGGCUUAUCUGAAGAAGAACCACGAGGAGGAGAUGAAGGAGUACUCGAACCAGAUGAGCGGCACAGUCAACGUGGAAAUGGAUGCGGCUCCUGGCAUCGACCUGACCAGAGUCCUCUCCGAGAUGAGGGAACAGUACGAAGCUCUGGCUGAGAGGAACCGGAAGGAUGCUGAGGCCUGGUUCUUGACUCAGACUGACGAGCUGAACCGUGAAGUUGCCACCCACACACAGCAGAUCCAGACCAGCAAAACGGAGAUCACAGAACUGCGCCGCACCGUGCAGGGCCUGGAGAUCGAGCUGCAGUCACAGCUCAGCAUGAAAGCCGGGCUGGAGGCCAACCUGCGGGACACGGAGGGCCGGUACUGCGCGCAGCUGGCCCAGAUCCAGGCCCUCAUCACCAGCGUGGAGGAGCAGCUGAGCGAGCUGCGCUGCGACAUGGAGCGCCAGAACCAGGAGUACAAGAUGCUCAUGGACAUCAAAAGUCGCCUGGAGCAGGAGAUCGCCACGUACCGGCACCUGCUGGAGGGCCAGGACCUGCAGCUGUCAGGAGUGAACCCCAAGGACGCAUCAUUUGGGAUCAGUGGAAGAGUUCGUGUUAGCACAGAAGAUGAGGGAAGAUCUGGAUCUGGUUCUACCCGUGACAGGAGAUUCCCAUGAAUAAAUACUGAAUCCCCUCUUUCACGUGAUUCCACAUGGAACCAGUGCAGCUUCUAUAUUGGCUAAUGCUGAGAGAAAGAGCCUUUCACUCCCCCCAAAUCACAAGAAUGUACCCAAAAAUGUCUUUCCUUAGAUUUGCUCUGCCUUUGUACAUGAGUAUUGACUCGCUGGGUCAGAGAUGCCUGUUCUCUGUCAGUGCUCUAUUGUUUCCUACAUAAUAAAGUUUCUGUUCUGCUUGUGCAAAUA